CUUUUCAGUAGGAAAUGAGUCAGGGAUAUUCUGAGGAAUGUAAUUCUGUAACCUCCAAUCAAGGGAUGCACGUGAUGGAGAACUUGCUGGACUUGGACACAUUGUUGCCGACACCGAGUAUGAAGCGUUGGGUCUUUCCACCAUUGUGGAAGACUGGCUGGUUUAACUUUGAAGUGACGGAAAUUUAUGCAGGCGUCAUAUUAUGAGGUUUGUAAUUGUAGUUGAUAUCUCGACGUAUAUCUUCUUUAGAUAAAUUAUCGUUUAUUUUUGAUCAGAUCACCUGUUUGUUCGAUCAGAUCACCUGUUUGUGCGAUUUUUCAUUUUUAGUAAAUUACUUGAAAUUAUCCUCUUCUUCUACUAGCCUUAAAAAUCUUCACAGAGUAUUCAAUACUACUACGUUCUUCUAACUUCCGAUCUUCACAGAUGAAAUACUUCUAGCCUGUCAGAGAUGAAGUACUACUACGUUCUUACUACUACAUUCCUUUCUCUCCUCUUCUAACUUCCGAUCUCGGGCAAAGGAGUGACGACAACGCAUAGUUUCCUCUGCGGCGUGCUUUUUGAGCGCUACUACAGCCAAGGAUUACCCCUGCCCGAACAGGACGAUGGCUUCCCUGCUUGCAAUCCGCAAGGCAGCACCACUCAGUAUCCAGGGGCUCUCGCGCUUGCCGCCACGUGGAACAAGAGGUUGGUGGGUCGUGUCGCGGACAGCAUUGGCGGAGAGUUUCGCAGGAAAAGUGUCAACUGCUUCCUCGGUCCAGCGCUGAAUGUACACCGCGAUCCUUACGGCGCGCGCAAUUGGGAGUUUUUGCCUGGCGAAGAUGCCAUUUUAGGUGCUGAAUUGGCGAAGCAGUUCGUGCGACAACUGCGCUUCAAGCACAAAUUGGUCGUCACGGUCAAGCACUGGCUGAACAACGAUCAAGAAGUGGAUACAACGUCCGCUCUGAAUCCUCUGUUCGCUGAUGGCCGAAUCGUGACGCACAAGGACUACCUGGCGCCCAGGUCCUCGAACUUCAUCGAGGAAGUGAGCAAAAUCUUUCCGCCUUCGGCGUCUCUUGUGUUAUGCAUAUUUGGAAAAGAAAAUGUCGUAGAACUUCUAGCUCUAGGGAAAUAUCUCACUGCCUUUUGAAAAAGGUAUUCAUCCUGACCACGUACGACCGCUUCUUUUGUUACUUGAGAAGAAAAAGAUAUUUCUGAUCGAUAUCUCUAAUCAGCACCUUCGCUCUCGCCCAAGCCCUAGCUGGUCUUGCGACUUUCAACGGUCUAUGGCAAGCCCUGUGGCAGGGAUGGACGACUCCGCACACUCUCUUUAAAAGCAUCACCAAAGGAGCGUUGGCUACGAAUCUGCCGCCUCCACCGUCUUACAGUGCUAACGUCCCUCAGCAGGCUUUAGGACGGGAAAAAGUGCACUCCUAUCAUGCAAAAGAAUAGGCGCGUUCUAAACAAUAGGAAGGUGCCUAUUGUUUUUAUUUCAGAAUAUGAGUGUACUUACACUUUGUCCUUUCAUAGGCCUCCAUGGAAAUCUAUUCCAGACCGUUCAGGGAGUCACUUGCCGCUGGCGCUGGUGCGGUGAUGUGCAGCUACAAUCGAGUGAACAACACAUCGCCAUGUGAGUUUGAGGAAUUGUAUCAAAAGGGCAUUUUUGACCAGGCGCUGUACGAACAAGAAGGGUUUGAAUUGUACGUUGAUCAGAACUACGAGUAUAAUAAGGACGAUGAGGACAUCGACGCGGACAAAACUUCUUCUACUUCUUCUUUUCCCAGCACUUCUUCUUUUCCCACUUCUAGUACACAUCAACUCGAGCAACUUCUUCUAGACGAGGACAACUUCUUCGCAGACGAACACACCUCCUCGACUGCGACUGGUGAACAACCACAUUUUCUUCGCGACCACGUCCUAGUGAUGAGUGAUUGGUCGACCGCGGUUGAUAAUGGGACAAGAUCUUUGAUCGAUGCCCAGAUGGACAUUGAGAUGCCAGCUCUGUACCGCACUCAAUACGCGAUUGCCGAACUCUUCGCUAAGCCAGAGAAGUAUCCUCAGUUAAGGGUUUGGGUGUCAGAAAUUUUUGUUUUAUCUCCAGAGGCAGGCGAUCAUCAUCUGCACCGAUCAUAGGAAGUAAUCAUCAAAGAGAUUUUUUCGCGAGAUGAAGAUUCUACUUGAGAUGGAUAAUUCCUCACACCUCUAGCAGCUCUAACAUAGUACCAGAAGAUCUUAGAUGAAAAAGUGAAACAUACCUUGCAGGUGAUGGCGGAUCAUGGUCAAUUAGGUACUGAAGGCGUGUUUUUGGAGCAAAAGCAGGCACACAACUUCUUGUGGGUGAAUACCACUGGUCCAGAGCAGAAACGUGUAGCACGUGAUGCAGCUGCAGAUGGGAUCGUUUUGUUAAAGAACGAUAGGAAUGCAUUGCCGAUUUCUCUUAGUAUUAAGGCUAGUAGUGUUGCAGAAGAUGAUGGGCAUGGGCAUCAUCUACGCUUGUACGGCUGUUCUGAUGGCAUUCAGAUGGCUGCGGGAGGCGGUUCUGGUAGUGUGGAAGCUUCUUAUGCGACGAGCGUGGAAGACGGGGUAAGGAUGGCGAUGCAGAAGUCGAAAAACGAUCAUCUACACAAACAGACCCAAACUACUUGGACGGGGGGUUCAUCAUCCAACAAGAAUAAAAAAUCAAGUCAUAGUACUUCUAGUACAGAAGGACGAGGUGUGAAAUCUCUCAGUGUCUACGCUUUGAAUAGGACGAUGGUGGAGCACACAGUACUUGUUGAGGGUGAUCACGAGAGUCCUCCCAGAGGUCAAAUCACAGCUGUUGUCUGUCUCCACGCACGCUCCACGCCUGACGAAGUAGAUCAGCCAAGAACCGGGGAAUCUUUGCAGCCUAGUUUAAGGCUCAGCUUUCAAUGGUCAUUGGGGUUGGUCACUGAGAUCGAAGAAGCGACCCCUUUAGAGAACAGGGGAAAAGGAAGGGAAAGGGGAGAGCUUUGAGGGGAGUCUCUUCCGUUCAGCAUCAGUGGCCAUUGAGUGCUGAGCUUUAACUAGUAAACUGCCGCCUCGCACUGCCGCUUUUGAUUUUUCUGCUCUGCAGAGUGAGCUCGAUGCAGCUCACGGCGGUUACCGCGUGGUCGUGUUCGUCUCCUCUCCAGGCGUCUUCCUCGCAGACACACUAGGCGUGGAGCAGCUGCCCGGCGAAUUGGCCGCCAAAGGGCUUGUACUUAAGGCUGCCCCGCCUAAUCCAUCUCCUCUUUAGGGAUGAUCCCUCAAGCAUUCAUGUGCACCCCAAUACAAGGGACCCAUACUCACGCAUAUGCUUGAGGUAUUUGGAUGAAUAGGGGAGAAGUCUAAUGUACAUGCAGGACUUCUGCCGGAGUCUAGCGUUCCCCGUGCCUUGAACUACGUCGACGCGUUGCUGGUGGGCUUUUUUCCGGGAGAACAGGCAGGCUUGGCAGUGGGAGACCUCCUGUUUGGGCAUGUCUCGCCUAGUGGAAAAUUGCCGGUUACCUUGCCCAGAAGAGACGCUCUUUUGCAGUUCGAACCAGAGCAGUAUCCGGGAGUGCGAGCGCCGAUGGCCAGUGGAGGAGAGGACACGUUUUUGCCGCCAUUAUUAAGGCAACCGCUCAAGCACAUGUCCUUCACGCCAUGUAUGAUCCUUGGCACUUCUUUUCCUACUUGAAAAUAAGGGGCCAAGGAUGCGCUCAGGGGGAUGCUAGGGCGGGGAUAGCUUGUUCAGACAUGCUCGGACGGGCUCUAACAUGACCGGAUCGAUUGUUUGGAGAGACCACUGGUCAGAUGGGUUUCGACUCGGCUGGCAACUACUACGGCAGUUUGGUGUAUCCGCACGCGCCUGUUCAGGGAGUUCAGACUUACUACUCCGAGAACCUGGAGAUCGGCUACCGCUGGUUUGAGGCAAACAAGGUGGCGCCGUUGUUUGCGUUUGGGUUUGGACUGAGCUAUGCUGGACCAUUCGAAUUGGGUAAUGUGACACUGCGUGUCGUUGGAGGAGAGAAGAAGAACUCCUACUAUUAUCAACAUGAUGCUUUGUUGUCCUCUACUAUGCUGGGUGCAACUGCAAGAACUCUUGUUCUGGCAGAUGACGAAGAGUCUGCAGACAUCAAGGUCCUCAUGAACCAGACAUCUAGAAGAUCUUCUUCAUCUUCUAGCAACAAGCAUGAAAAGAGCAGUCGUGAGGAGGCCGAGCAGUCACUAGUGACUAAAGAGCACGAAAAGACGGUGGAACAGGGCGAGAAAACGACUACGCAUUCAGAAUCAGCCGGUGUCGAGGAUAGGGAGCAGAAGAGGACGAGACUUGAAACUUCAACAGCUUCGGAUGAUCAUGAGCCUAGAGGCAGGAGCAUCGUGGAAACAAGAAAUACCACGGUUGAAGAGCAAAAGGUGUCGACAAGAGAAGGAGAUCAUCGUCUUCAAGGACAUUCUCAUCUUCACAAGACGGACACUUCAAGCAAAGAACCCUCCUCAAGCAAAGAUAAAGAACAUUCUCAUCUUCACGUGGCGGACACUAAGAGCCACGACAAGACGGACGAUGUUGAGAAAGACCACAUCAUGAAGACCACAUCUUCAACGCCUCCGUCCACCUCUUCAGAGAAGCAACCUCCACCUCCAACAUCAACGUCCGAAGGGAAGAAACUCUUCGCUUCGUCAACAACCAAGAGUUCUCCUUCUCUCACUCGUGGCCGUCUUGUCCCUAGUUUCUGCAUCUCCAACACGCAUUCGGAUCGCAGUGGUUCAGAAGUCGUCCAAUUGUACGCUCAGCAUGCAGGUCGCCGGUUCAAGGAGUUGGUAAACUUCGUCAAGGUCGAGGAUAUUCAACCAGGUGAGACACGUUGCAUUUGCGAGAAAGACGAUGGCAACUACAACUCUCUCGCAGUGACAUGGCCGCUUCAGAUCUGGAGUGCAGAGAAACAGGCCUUUGUCGCAAGCGAGCGUCCUAAAUUGUUUCUGGGAACGAGCAUGCAAGAUGCUAAGGAGAUAGGGCUCUAGUUCUUAUGCAGGGUGAUUUUAUUUUUUUGAGAUUCAAUCUUUUCAGAUUAAGAUUCAUGAUGUUCAUAAAAAUCUAUGUUGAUUUUUUGUUAGUUCCAUAUAUGAGUAGUUCUUCGAUCUAGAUGCGCUGUCAACAUGGAAGCUUUCGUUGUAGGUUGUAAUGUCUUGUCGAUGGCGCAUAGUACUCGCAAGAGUGGAUACUCACAUACCGCUUCUUCUCGACAAAAACAUAGUUCGAGUUUAUUUUUUUUGCGUAAGCCUUAGUGCAAGGUUUGAAAUCUUAUUUGAAUUUUGUGAAGUUGAAGAGAACAGAGUAAAGCCAUUAUUUGUAUGUGAAUUUUGCAAGCUCUGCAUAUUCGAGUCACAACACUUUUCCAACAGCAGAGUGUCCUAUUGUGACUGCAUUCUAUCCUCCUUUUAGUGAUACCAGUAGAUAAUCACAGAGCCUCCAUUGUUCUGUUUUGUGAAGUCUUCGUGAAUAGCCCAAGCAGGUCGAAUCAAAAGACCCAAUUAUGGGGGUGUAAUUAAGACAAGUGACGAUAAACAAGAUGAUCGAACUAUGAAUGUAAGCAUCUAUGUCCUC